CAAAAGCAAAGUCUUUAUACUGCUACUUUUGCUUGCAAGUUGUCUAUUUCAUCAAAUGACCAUGAUAAAUGCAAGGAUGCUGUGCAUUGUUUAACAUCCAUGUAAAGCAAUACUCAAUAAUUCCACAAUGAUUCUAUUAACUAGGUGAAGAAGGUUACAAUGAUUACGGUAUUGCACUAAGCAGCCCACCGUAUGGAGGAAAUUGCAAUGUAACACCUUCUACUGGAGAGGCAGUGAAAACACAAUUUUAUAUAUCUUGCCAUGGCUGGAAGACCAAUUCAGUUGCAUUGAAAUACUCUAUGUCUCUCAUAAAGAGUUCAGCUGUCGUUGGCGCCGUGAAGGACAACUCAGAAUCCACAUUGCUUUCGUAUGGGCCCUUGCCAUACACUACAGCCAAAUUGCCAGAAGGAAAGCGAGACAGCGAUUACAAACAGUUAUUGGAUAUUCGAGUUAUUGACUCAUAUGGAGCGAGUUAUGUUACCAAUAUUACUGUUAAGGUUCUACCUUUCACUGCUGAUGAGAAUUCUGGUGAUGAUACGCCAUUAGAAUCAGAGCUAGAAACAUUUGUACAUGGGAAAGACAGCACGCUCGCAAAGUUAUAUGGUUCUGGCGAUCUGCAAGGCCUUGGUAGAUUCACAAAAUCUAUGGGAAAAAGUUUGGAUACGGCUAAAAAAGAAAGCGAAAAAUCUAGCGUUUCAAAUACUUUGAAAGAAAAACGAAGGAAAAAAAGAGAAAAUAUGCGAGAAUCUAUUGUGGAUUCCCUGACUGAUCUCAAGGUAACAACCCUGGAUAACUUUGGGCUCAUUAGCAGUGCAUUAGAGAAAGUUUCUGUAUCUCCAGAUGAACUAAGCAAGUCUUCACAGGACAAACUUCUGAAGUUUUAUGACUCAUCUUGCAAAUUCAUGGAUGAGAGCUACUCGCAGUGGGGAGAGCGUGAUCCAAAGGAAAUUCAGGAUGCCUAUGGAGGCUUUCUAGAAGGUGUUGCCAAUGUAAUGAGCUCAGCAGUUUUGAAAAGAUCCGGAACAGUAACACAAGGACAAGAUAAAGCUGAUGUUAGUUUUUACUUUAUUUCCAUUUUUUGUUUUCCUUCUCAUUGCGUUUCGUAGAUGCAAAAUAUUUAGCUUACUAAGAAUUACAAAAUGGCAAAAAUAAGAAAUUAUUUUAUUGGGAUGAUGCCCUUAUGAAUUUAGUAAUGUACUAGUAAAAUAUC